AACAUAGACGAAGUGAUCGAAAAUUUCAUGAAACUUCGUCUCGAGUAAAGAUGAAAUGAUCGAGAUGACUGAUUUGAUUCUCACUCGAUCUUCGAACGCUGGAGCCUCUAAUCACUAGUAAAAACCCACGCGAAACGAGUGCUCGAGUCCCUUUGAAACCUUGAGAAAAGUGGUUCACGUUGAAUCACAUCCAUCUUAAUAAUAAAAUCCGGUAUCUCCAGGAAGAUCAGAAUCAGAACGGCGAGAAUAAUGUGCGAACGUGAGGUUUGUGCCGCGGUCUGGCUGGGAGGAUCUCGGCUGCAGAGUUAACACCUGUUAGAUAGUCGGGCAGAAGUGCUGAUGUGACAGAAACGUGGGGGUAAAUUUCGAUCGACCGCGGGGACACUGGGAGGCCAGAUUUUUAACCGUGUGCGUGGUGUCGUUAUCACCGAGCCGUCGUUAUUAAUUCCACGGAGACGCGAGUAACAGUUAGGGUAGCCCCGGGGGUUUUAUAGUUUUCGACGAGUGGCUUCCGUCGAAUCGACGAGCGGGGCGCAUCUCGAUCAAAGAAAACGGAGGAGAAAACGUCGAGGGGCCGACGACGGGAUUCCAAUAAAACGAAUUUUCUCCGCGAGUUGGCAAUCGAGACGCAGAGGAAGAAUUUGCAAACGGAUGCUCUUAUUUCGGCCCCGUCGCGGGAUAAUGAAAUAAGGAUCAAAGGGUCGCGGGCCACGCGGGGCCGGCCAAGUUGCGCGCGUGCCGCCGAGGCAACCGGAAAUCCCUCUUUAACCAGCUGUUGCUGGAAUAAUCAUCGUCAUUCUCGUCUACUCUAUUAAUCUGGUCUUGUCAGAGAGCCGAAUUAUCAUUGGAUACGUUGAAUCUCGAUCACGAUUGGUUACUGUUAAUAUAUUCACUGGAUGUAUUGAACAUUAUUCGACGCACUCGACGUUUUUUAACGACGACUUUUAAUUUGUGAAAGAUAUAGUAUAAGGAAGACAGAGGAAAUUCGACAUUUCAUCGAGUACGUGAAGCAAUUAGUAUAGAAAGGGUUGGAUAUUGUUGGAUAUUUUGACUGUUGUUGGAUGUAUCAUUGAACACGAUAUUUCAUCAAACGUGUGAUGAAUGCAGAUUAAUAAAAGAAAGGUCGGGUAUCAUUGAAUACUUUGAUAUGUCAUUCGAUAUAUUGGACAUCAUUGGACACAUCAAGUGUCGUUGGAUACUUUAAUUAUCAUUUUGGAUAUUUCAUUGGAUACGUUAAAUAUCAUUGAAUACAUUAGAUAUCAUUGAGUACAUUGAAUAUCAUUGGAUACAUUGAAUAUCAUUGGAAAUCAUAUUUUAAUUAAUGUAUCGUUGAAUAUUAUCGAAUACGCUAGAUAGAAAAUCGUUGGAUACACUGGCCAUUAACAACUGGAUACAACAUCGAACAUCACUGUAAAAGACAAAGAUAAUACAGACAGAAAGAUUCGAUUUAUUAUCGAGCGCCCGAUGGAUGGAGAUUAAUAUAGUAAAGGAAGGGUGGGGCGAUCGAGUUGAAAAAAAUUGAGUCGAAUUCAUCGAGGUUCGUCGGCGAGGAGGAUCUUUCCGAUAGAGAGUCCAAUGAACCUGUUCUCAUGACGAAUCCUUUACGAGAUGCGCGCCCCGAGGAUCGGCCUCUAGGCUUAGACUAUCCGGAUCCGAGAUUAGUGCGAAACGGUCAUCAGGAGAAUCAGGAGAACUCGACACAUCAGCUUGCUGGCGCGAGAAUUAGGAGAACCAGGACCUCGUCGUCGAGAAGAAGAAUGCACCUGGCCAACGAGGUCCCACCACAAGGAUCCACUGGCGGAAAUAAUAUACCGGAUUAUGCGCUCACCGCUGAUCUGCUAGCCGAGAGGACCUUGGAUGGCUUGUUUGCCGAACAUCCUGGUGAACUUGUGCGAACAGGCUCCCCGCACGUGGUCUGUACGGUGCUACCAGCACAUUGGCGGUCAAACAAGACACUUCCGGUAGCGUUCAAAGUGGUAGCCCUGGGCGAGGUCGGUGAUGGAACUCUGGUGACAGUGCGUGCCGGAAACGAUGAAAAUUGCUGCGCGGAAUUGCGAAAUUCCACGGCGGUUAUGAAGAACCAGGUGGCGAAAUUCAAUGAUCUCAGGUUCGUCGGGAGAAGUGGCAGAGGGAAGAGCUUCACCCUGACGAUCAUGCUGCAGACAUCACCACCUCAAAUUGCUACUCUCUCCAAGGCAAUCAAGGUCACUGUCGAUGGACCAAGAGAACCUAGGUCAAAGACAAGACACCAGGCGUUUCAUCCCUUCCACUUUGGUCCAAGACCGUUCCCUUUCGGUCAUCCUCAGGAUCCUCUGGGAUUCAAGUUGUCCGAUCUCUUGGAUUGCACAGGCUUGCAACACCUGGGUCUGGAACAAGGAGCCAGCCAAGGGUGGGGUGGAUUACCUCGAGGUUCUCUUCCGCCGCAUUGUCUUCCGCCGCCUCCCGGUCACCAUUCGCAUACACAUCCCCCGGCAGCUGGUGCGUCGGCCUUCAAUCCCUUCCACCACAGCAUCGAGCAAAGAUCUCCUCGGCUUCCUGGACCUAACUCUGAACCGUCCAGAAACGAUUUGGGUCCAAUCAGCGUGUCCGUGAGGGAGGUGACCCCAACCACGUCACCUGGUAAUCCUGGUCCUGGAUUACUCACGACGGCCACUGUCGCGGCACCCACACCUCCGGCGGAACCUACCACCACCACAACCACGCCUAGUCCAUCUGGACAUCAUUCACACUUUCAAGGUCUUCACCUUCUGGGGGCCACAGGGUCCAUCUUCGGAUCGAUAUUCGCUCCGUUGCUGCCGCAAUCCUCUUGGCUCUACAAUCCGCUCUACCACACGCAGCAGUACGUGCUGGAGCCUGAGUGGCACGCUCUGGCGUUAAGGAUGGCCCAGCAACGGCUCCAAAGGCCCGACCAGGCUCGAGUCGAGGAGAUGAGGAAGCUGCGUGGCAGCAGCAGCAGUCCAGAGUCCGCGUUGAAGGAGGACAAACGUCAUCGCGACGACGAUCAAGACGUUCUUCGUCGAUCUGGCCUGGACAGCCCUGACGGAAGCAUAGAGGUGGACGAUAGAAACGAUCACGAUCCGAGCAAAGAUCGCGUGAGAAGCGACGAGUCGCUCCCCGAACAAGAUUCGCCGAGGAUCUCUCCCGUCAGAAGCGACAUGGAGGACACCACCGACGCCAUGUUUCAAGACGCCUCCGUUCACCUGAGACCCAGUGUAGAGAAUUCGAACGAUCAGGAGGUGACCAGCGACGAGAUUCCGUGCAGGGAGCUGAAAGUUCGUCUGGAAGGCACGGUGGACCUCAGCACGAAGAAAGGACAGGAUAAAGAGAACGUGGGACAGGAUCUGACUACCAGGAAGAAGGAGGAUGACGUGGAGAGGGAAAGUGUACGAGGCAGACGGGAGAGGAGCCCUAAACCUAGACAAGUGUGGAGACCCUAUUAAAAACAAAAUCGCAUGUUCGAUGGAUAUAAAUAUCGAUUGGUCGUUGUAAAUUUGUGCAAUGCAAAUCUGCCUCUGUUUUUAAUGUUAGAACGUUAUGGUGAUGAUUUAUGACGAGACGAUUGUGUGUGUGUGUGUGUGUGAGAGAGAGAGAGAGAGAGAAAUUUGUACGAAGUUAGAUUGGUGGUAAGCUCAGAGGAACUAUCAUGGACUCGAGGACUAACCAGGGUUUACGUUCUUAUAGUAUGUAAAUAUACUUAAGCGACGUCCAAUUAUUAUUAUUUAGGUUACUAUCUCGCGUACGUGUGAAACGCUACCCAAUUGUCAUUUCGAGUGAGAUUAAUCGACUCUGGAACGAUCUUUAUUGCACGAGAUCUGAUCUCUGUUAGAAUGGACAAAGUCCACGAGAGAGAUUGUAACACUUGAAUUCUAAUGGAUUCGAGUUAGAUCAUAGUGCGUGGAGGUCGUUCGAUGGGAACUGUGAGCUCACAACGUUGUAAAUAUCAUAGACAUGAAAAGUCCAGGCCAGAGUCACGUGCCUCCCGGAAAGGAUUACAUCCCUUUUUUUCUUUUUCUUCCUCUCUCUUCUUUUUCUUCUGUUUUUGAUUCUUCGCCUCUUUCUACGACAGACAUUACGAGAGAUUAGAAGAGUGCACGUGACGAAGAUCAAGCACGAUGAGACUGGCCUCGAUGACCAGAUUCUUUCACUGUUUAAGUACGUCAUCAAAUAAAGUAAUAUCAUCCGUUCCAUGAA